UGGAGUGCUAGGAUUCUGACGCGAGAGCAUCUAUCGACAGUUCAAUACAUGUAUCGAUUGAUCUUCGCAACCAAACAGCAAAGAUGAUUCGUAAACAAGCCCGUCAAAGAAGAGAUUAUCUCUACCGCCGGGCACUUCUGCUUCGUGAGGCGGAAAUAAGCGAGAAACGUGCAAAACUGAAGGCCUCCCUGGCGACCGGAAAACCGCUGGAUCCUACGAUUGCGAACGACAAAGAGCUGCGAAAGGACCUGGCCUACGAUGAAUCACGGCCAGACACCGUUGAGCUUGAUCUGGACGAUGAAUAUCAGGCGCUUUCAGGAAUUGUGGAACCUCGAGUACUGGUCACUACAGCUCGAGACCCUUCGAGUAGACUAAGCGCCUUCUCUAAAGAGAUACGGCUGCUGAUCCCCACCGGUAUUCGGCUAAACCGAGGAAAUCUAAUCCUCCCGGAGAUCGUGAGAUCCGCUCAAGCUGCUGGGCUGAGCGACCUAGUCUUAAUGCACGAACACAGAGGCGUUCCAUCAAGCCUCACUAUUAGCCAUAUGCCUCACGGCCCUACCGUUUCCUUUUCGCUCCACAACGUUGUGUUGCGACACGACAUACCGAAUUCUGUUCGAGGGACAGUCAGCGAAUCGUUUCCGCACCUCAUAUUCGAAGGCUUCAAUAGCCGACUCGGGAAACGCAUCCAAAGAGUGCUCCAGCAUCUCUUUCCCCCACGCGACCCCAUAACCGCCAAGAACAAGGUCGGCAACCGAGUGAUCACAUUCGUCAACCAGGACGAUGUGAUCGAGGUUCGGCACCAUGUUUUCGUCAGAACCUCAUAUCAGUCUGUCGAGCUAUCAGAGGUCGGACCGCGCAUGUCGAUGCGGCCGUUUGAGAUCAGGGGUGGCACCUUGGACAACAAGGAUGGAGAUGUGGAGUGGCACCUGAACCAGUACACCAGAACGAGCCGGAAGAAGAACUAUCUCUAAAGAGAGGUCACGCUCAAUGGAAACUUCAAGACCCAUCCCAUACACCACU